GGUCCAACUGCUACUGCAUUAUCCCAGACCGGCCGCUACGCGGCGCCGCUUGACGGUCCCUGCUCCGGCAGAGAAUGGUCAACCCACCUGAAUGAGACCUAAAGGCGCCUCUAGAGGGCGCUGCUGUUAGUUUGGUUCCAUACGUCACAGACGCUUCCACCAAUUACAAUGCUCCACUGAAAGUUUUGAUUUCCGCCCAAAACAUCCGUCUCAUCCAGGCCCCGGUGCCGGCCAGCGCUAUGGACGAUGCGGAUUACCAGCUGGCUGCGCGGCUGCAGGAGCAGUAUAACCGGGAACAGGAGGCCGAGGCUGCCUGGGCGCCUACCCCUGAUUAUAGCUCGGUGUACUGGCAGCCAGAGAGGCCGGCCACUGAAGCCGCAGCCAGCCCCGGGGUCAUGUCGGUGGUGGACCCGUCCUGGGAACUGCUGGAUCCGAGUCCCGACAUUCACGCAUUAUUCCUGCAGUUCAAUGACACGUUCUUCUGGGGAAAGCUGAACGGGGUGGAAGUGAGGUGGAGCCCGAGGAUGACACUAUGUGCAGGAGUUUGUUGUUAUGAAGGCAGAGGAGGGUUGUGUUCUAUACGUCUUAGUAAACCUCUCCUGAUGUUAAGACCAAGGAAAGAUCUUGUACAGACACUUCUCCACGAGAUGAUUCAUGCUCUCCUGUUUGUUACUCACAACAACAGAGACCGUGAUUCCCAUGGUCCAGAAUUCUGCAAACAUAUGAAUCGCAUAAACAGUGUUACUGGUGCUAAGAUAUCUGUUUAUCACAGUUUCCACGACGAAGUAGAUGAGUACAGGAAACACUGGUGGCUCUGUAAUGGGCCCUGUCAGAAAAGAAAACCCUAUUUUGGAUAUGUGAAACGGGCAAUGAACCGAGCGCCGUCAUCCCUUGACCCCUGGUGGGCUGAUCAUAAAAGAACUUGUGGAGGCACAUUUACCAAAGUCAAAGAGCCAGAAAACUUUUCUAGUAAAGGCAAGAAAAAGAAUGACAGUUCUGAUGCUCAGCCCGUGAAGUCACAGGAUGAUAAAGGAAAAAGCGAGGGAGUGGAUAUCCGUACAUUUAUGCCAUUUAGUGGAACAGGGUUUAAACUUGGUAAAUCUAGCCAAACCGCAACGGCUGGCAAAGUCCACAAUGCCUUUGAUUCUCCUAGUACGGCAGUCAAGUCUUUGCCAGUUACUCCCAUUAACACAAUUCUGAACUAUAGAACCUUUUCAUCAAAUAAAACUGACACAAACAAGGUCUUAAAGCCCAACAUGCCUAAAGUGUCUGUUGCAAAUACAAAGGCAUUCAUAAAUGUCAGUGGAUCCCCAGUAAAACUUCCACUUAAUAAACCGAUUUCAAGACCAAUACCGCCAGUGUGGCAACAUGGUAACUAUAGUAACAGUAUACAAAGCGUGAAUUCAUUUGAAAUGCCCAGCUCAUCACAGAGUGCAUUGCCUGCACCGCAAGGAUCAAACAUUGAAAAACAUUAUGGCCAACCUUCCAAAAGGCCUCGAUUGGAUGGCAGAAGUAUUAAGGACUUUUUUUCAAACCCCAAAAGCAACACCACAGGUGAUGAACCAGUCAUAAUUGUAAAUGACGACCAUCGGAAAGUCAACUGUCCUAUAUGUCAAGUGGAGGUAUCUGAACAUAAAAUAAAUGACCAUCUAGACAACUGUUUGGCAUAAUAAAGUUUUAUUAAAAAUAUAUAAUAUAGUGUUUUACUUUAUGUGCCACCUUGGUUUAGAAGCUGGCAGCACAACACAAAUCAAUGGUGAAAAAUUCCUGAAAAUAUCGCUAACAAUUUUCAGGAUGUCUGUGUUUCUCAGGACGGGAGACAUUUGAUAUGCCGGCUGUCGGGAUCCCAGCACUCAGCAUACCGGCGUCGGGAUCCCGACAGCCGGCAUACCAACAACUAUUCUCCCUCUUGGGGGGUCCACGACACCCCUGUGGGGAGAAUAAAUAGCGUAGUGCGCCACCGUGCCUGCAGCAUGGCAAGCACAUCGAUCCCGCAAGGGGCUCUUUUGCGCUCACCCCACAGCUGGCAUGCUGGCGGUCGGGAUACGGACUCCGGUAUGCUGGGCGCUGGGAUCCCGACUGCCGUCAUGACGUAGUACACCCCUCAGGACAAUAAGUUUGCAUCUGUAUUCAACAGCAUUAAUUUUUAUUUUAUAAAUUUUAUCUAAAACCGAUUGUAUGUAAAUAUUUAAUAGCAACGUUUGUUCUUUUUAAAUGUGUGUUUUUAUGUAAUAAAAUAUGGAAAAAUA